AUAAAAACAAAUAUGUGAUGUGUCAAUUUGUAGAGGUUAAAACGAAAUCUUUAAUAUUUUGGAAAGUAUUUUAAAACGUAGUCAUUAAAAAAUUUCCAAAAUGACGGGCAUGCAAGAAGUUCCUACAGACGAACUGUUAUCCUUUCAAGAUUUUCCCGAAAUGCCAAAUCCGAGCACGUACCAAAAUGUAACCACCGCCUCAAUACAAAUAACUGACGAUAUUCCCGAAAAGGAAAGUUCUAGAUCAUUGGAAGCGUUACAGAGAAAGGAAGACACGAUAUCUUUAGAAGGUGGCAGAGAUGGGACUUCGAAAGCGUUCUGGACCUUAAACUAUUACCAACAAUUCUUCGAUGUAGACACUUCGGAAGUGGUGGAGCGACUAUGGUCUUCAGUUAUUCCAAAAGGAAAUAAGUUAAUGAGUAACCAGAUAAAGCUUAAACCGGACUUGUAUGGUCCAUUUUGGAUUUCGAUGACGCUAAUAUUUACAAUUGCAAUAAGUGGUAAUGUGGCCAGUUAUCUGCAGCAUGCAAACGAACAGUACCAUUGGAAGUACAACUUUCACUUAGUAUCCUAUGCCAGUACAGCAAUUGUGAUUUAUGUUAGCAUUAUUCCUUUAGUGCUGUGGGGGCUAUUAAAGUGGACCAUCGAGUCAUCAGAAUUAGAACAACUUGUUGAAGAAACUAUAAGCACACCACUAGAAUUGGCAUGUGUUUACGGAUAUUCGUUAUUUAUAUACAUUCCGGUGUCAAUACUUUGUUCCAUUCAGAUAAUGUGGCUGCAAUGGAUUUUGGUUUUAAUUGCAACCGUUUUAUCUGGAGCUGUUCUAGUCUUCACUUUGUAUCCUGCUUUGCAAUUAUCAAAGCGAAAGUUUAUUUUAAUGGCCUACAUUGUGUGUUGCCAUUUAUUGUUAGCAAUUGGUUUUAAGGUGUUCUUUUUCCACAUGCCAGAUUCUACCUUUAGUGCAGUUACACAUCCACCGCUAAUUCCAGUACACCAAGCAGUAUCUCAGCAUCCUAAUGUUACAAUUGAUAAAGAUAUUAAAGGUGUGAAAUUGUAAGUUAGUGUUCAAAUCUGUAUUCAAUAAUUAUGUAUUAAAGUAUCUCUAAAUGUGUUACCUAUCUACAACUUAAA